GUUCGUCGACAGCUUUACGAGGAGAUAUUAUGACUUCUCAGGAUCUCUUUGUAGCACAUGAAAACAUUGUCGCCCCGGAAGGCAUUGUUGUCGCACGGGAGGAUACCGCAGGAACAGAAAAAAUCGAGUAUAAUCUACUUCAACCGUUCGAGUUUUCAUCGAACUUAUUGACGAUUGUAUCCGAGUCAAACGUGGACGCUCCAGUAACUGAUGAUAUAGCUACACAGCUAGUUUCUGACAUGGGCGCAGAAGACCCUGAUCCAAAUGUAGCAGAGCAACCAGUCAUAACAACUUCGGCGAUAAGUAUGCCUCCCUCAUCAUCGAUUAGCUACGAUCAACGCACUGCUUCAAUUGAGAACGAUCAAGAUGAAAAUACGUCACCGAAUACAUCUGCGAAACGAUGUAAUCCUGGAUACGAAAAAUCUAACAAGAAGCAUUCAUCUAGCGCGAUGAAAUUUAGAUCGUUUGAGAUUAAUUGGAGUAAGAUUUCCGACACUCAAAUGGCUCGCCUUGACAGUCUUCAAGAAUAUCGACUAAAAAAUCCAAAUUCAGCAGUCCCACGUACGAUUCGUUUUAAAAAAAAUGAACUCAGUACUCUGGUGAACAACAUCGUCGAGCAAUUACGGAAUAUCGACACAGAUAUAAGUGCAGCUGUCAUGGAAACUGUAUCAAAACAAAUGUUGCACAAAUAUCCAUGCAUGGAAAUACUGGAUGACGACGGAUUUGGUAAUGGAUUAAGUCAUAUGACAAUAAAACACAAAAUGAUAAACAGAAAUACGUACUUGAACCGCCUAGACUCAUUGCCAAGAGCAGCACCAACGUUGAAUCAUAAGCCAAAGUAUCGGAGAGCUGGCACUAUGCAAGAAUAUUGGAAGUCUACGACGGAUCAAUGCUCCAAGGACAUUCUUUCCAAACUACGGCGAGAUGAGCCAAAUCUGCUUACGGAAGAUUUUAUGAGCGUUUCCCAGGGAUACAUCAGAUCACAACUCGAUCAGAAAAAGGAACUUAAGGUCAUACUGUCAGAGUGGCCAGUGUUGCGAAGACGGAUUUUGUUGAGCUAUCACUUCAAGAAAGCGACUGAGAUAGACAUCGAUACUCUACGUACUUAUUUUAUCGCAAAAAAAGCAAAGAUUAUAGAGUUCUCGGCCAGCCAAAAAGCUAAUAGGUUGAAUGAAGGAGCCUCCGAUUAUGACGUAUUCUACUUUUUAGCAAGAGCAGUGGGAGAAUCAUUAGAUGAUCUCGUUUUGAAGAAGGAGAUUGGCACCAGCAUUGAAGCAAUACACGAUGAAUCAUCAGGACCAGUACUGAUUUGCGUUGAUGAGGCAAACGAUUCGGCCAUAUAUUAUGUGUUUGCGGAGCAAACUAGGCUCUCUGAAGGCACCAAAGAUAUAAUAUGCGCAUUUCAAGACCUUAGGUGUAUGCAGUACGUUCAUGGCUUCAUGUACCUCAAGAAGGUUGCUAAGUUUUUGGAGUUAAUUCAGGAGUAUUUGCUAAAGUUUUUCCCGGCCAAAGGCUCUAAGUCCAAUGCCAUAAGAAUCGGACAGCAGCAACGGAUGGUGCAGAAGGUGAUCACAGCAUUGUCCGAAUACGGAGCCGCUACAUAA